CCCUUUUCAUCCCCUCUCUGGCAGACUGACGCUCAGUCGGCUGACCCGGCAGCAUGCCUCGCAAGAUUGAAGAAAUCAAAGAUUUCCUGCUGACAGCCAGGAGGAAGGAUGCCAAGUCCGUAAAGAUCAAGAAGAACAAGGACAAUGUUAAGUUCAAGGUGCGCUGCAGCAGGUACCUGUACACCCUGGUCAUCACAGACAAGGAGAAGGCUGAGAAGCUCAAGCAGUCCCUGCCCCCAGGUCUGGCUGUGAAGGAGCUGAAGUAAAUCCGUGAUGUACAGAUAAUUGUAAUAAAAAUUGGAAAAAACUGA